CAAUGGAGAAACGGCGGAGCUAGAGACGAUGGCAGAGCUCAGCGACACCCUAAAAGAAAGGGAGAGAAUCCUCGCAUCCACCCGCAGACCUGAUGGAACCCUCCGCAGGCCAAUUCGGAUUAGGGCCGGUUACGUUCCCCAAGAUGAGGUCGCCAUCUACCAAUCCAAAGGUGCUCUGUGGAAAAAGGAAAUGGCUGCUGCGCAGCAAGUUCCUCCGGGCUAUGAUCAUGCGCCAGAUGCUAAACCAAAGAGUAAGUCGGUAAAGAGAAAUGAAAGAAAGAAGGAGAAGCGGCUACUGGCGUCUCUUGGAAAGAGUGAGAACGUCGAACCCGUGGUAAAAGAGGCAUUGACGAAGGAAGUACAACCUGUGGAAGAUUCAAUCAAUGGGUCAGAUUCUCUCAAAUCUUUGGCAUCACAGAUGAGCGAGCUAGCUGUUUCUUCAAAUACUACUACAGAUACCCCUCUCUCAAGCUUGACAACAGCUUCAGACCAAGGGGCUCCUCUUCGAGAUAUUGAUAAAAAAAUUCGAGCACUGAAAAAGAAGAUUCGACUAGCAGAAGGUCAGCAGCCGAACACUGCACAGCAAGAUACGAACCCAGAGCAAGUGGAAAAGUUAGUGAAAUUGGAAGGUUGGCGCGAGGAGCUGAGGCUUUUGGAAUGUAAAAAGACUGAACAGGCAGCUCAAUGAAAUGGGAUUGUUAAAUGUAUUGAACAAUGUUCCAUGAACAAAAUUUGUCCAUCUUGAUUUUGUUCUGGCAAUGGUUAAGGAGUUGCAUGUGAACAUUGGGGUUGUUCCAUGUAUUCAUUUGAGUGACCUGCAUGAUUAUCAAACGGUUUCUCGCAUUUCUGCUUGC